CCUGAACGUACGUACACUUGCCCACAACCAUCGUGCGGCCACAUGUUCAAAUUGUUGGAGCAUUUGGAUCAGCACCUGCGAGCACACGAACUGGAUCAGCCAUUCAUGUGUGCCAUGUGUGGGAAACGAUUCACGCAUCCGGACUUUUUGAUGGAUCACCAAAAG